CUCUGCUGCUUUAACACCAGCAGUUUCAUUUCCUCUGCUCAGUUGCUCCCUUCAGAUUCAGAAGGAAGGACAGACUUUGAAAGUAGAAUAUUACACGUUAUCAAGUUCAAAUUGAUCAGUAAGUGGAUUGUUCUUUUAAAAUGAAGACUACAGGAACCAUAUUUCUCUUUGUUGCACUGGCAGCUGUUGUGACUCUCUGUGCAUCUGAGGAAGAAAAACGCGAUUGUCCACAUCAUAAAACAGCAGCCACGUUAUCACCAGCUAAAGAAUUUACCAGUCCUGCUCUAAGCACCACUAUACCAGUAACCAAUCACACAACCCCGAUGACCAACCUUACAACUGCUGUACCAAUCACCAACCACACAACACCACCAAUCACCAACCACACAACCUCGAUGAUCAAUCAUACCACCCAUGCACCAAUCACCAAUCACACAACCCCAAUGAUCAAUCACACAACCCCAAUGAUCAAUCAUACCACCCAUGCACCAAUCACCAAUCACACAACCCCAAUGAUCAAUCACACAACCCCAAUGAUCAAUCAUACCACCCAUGCACCAAUCACCAAUCACACCACAGCUACUACGCCCGCCCCAAGGCCGACACCCCCUGUACCCCUGGCAGUGGGCGAUUACAAUGUGAAAGCAGGGGAUGUUGUGUGUGUCCGAGCUAGGCUGGCGAUACAGUUGAAAAUUCAAUACGACAUUGCUGGAGGAAAACAGUUGUGGGGCGUGUUUUUUGUCCAGCCUAACCUAACUACAGCUUCAGGAACUUGUCAAGGUAAACAAGCCACACUUAAGCUGAACUUCAAGGAAGGGUCAAUCGUCUUCUCAUUCCAAAAGGACAAUGACUCUGUGUCUGUGAAAUCUAUCAAGUCUGAAGUCAAUUACCCAUUUACAAAUAUGGAGUCUCACUUCUCGGCUUCCAAUGACUCUCUGUCUGAGUUCCGGGCCAGGAUUGGACACUCGUACAGCUGCAAGAACCAAUCGGUGAUGAUCAACGCGGGAUUCUACCUGGAGACCAGCCAGCAGCAAGUUCAGGCCUUUAACAUCACCAAGGGAGACUUCGGACCAGCUGACUUCUGUCCUGCAGACCAACCCAAUUACACUGUGGCCAUCGCAGUGGGCGUGGUCUUAGCCAUCCUGAUUGUCAUCGUCAUCAUCGCUUACCUCAUCAGCAGGAGACAGCACCCAGCUGGAUACCAGACUCUAUAACAAGGAUGCCGCCUGUCAAAUACAGUGAAAAAGGCAGCUGUACAAUUGUAAGGAUAAUAUCUCACACAGCUUUCAUUCCCCCAGUUACAAAACAAAUCAAAUUGUAUUUAUAUAGUGCCUUUCAUACCAAGAGACACAAAGCGACGCAAAUCACAGUGCAGUUAUAUAAGGUUGCCAAGGUGUGUCAGAGACACAAAACUGGCAACAGUUAGACCAGGGGUCUCCUACCCUGGUCCUGGAGAGUCCCUGUCCAGCAGGUUUUAUAGGUCAUUAGUGGCUAAAGACCUGGAACACCUUUUAAUC